UAGUCUGCGGUCUGAUAGUUGUGUCCAGACUUGCACGGGAUCCUGAUCGAUCUAACGAGUGAGUUAACAACGGUGGUCGAUCAGCUCCGUGCUUGGCCUUCUGGCGGCAUUCUUAAAUUCCCUGCCACAAAAUCAGAGAAACAGCUACAUAUCAAAGCCAUUCAAAUGAUGGAGAAGUUAGAGAUAGCAGGCGGUAGUAGUAGCCCCGGCUCCGUAUUGCCAGGAAACUGUUCCACGCCAGCUGCAGCUCUCUAUGACGCGGCAAUUGCAGGUUCAGUUGCCGCCCUAGACGAUUUGCUCAAACAAUAUGGGAAGGUAAUACUCUAUCGAGUUUCACUGACAUCAUUCGCAGAAUCUCCCCUGCACUUGGCGGCUCUUAUGGGCCACCUCAAGUUCUCGAGACGGCUCCUCGAGCUCAGACCCGAGCUUGCCUCAGAGCAGGACUCGAAGAAAUGCACCCCUCUCCAUUUGGCAGCAGCAAAUGGCCACGACCAGAUCGUAAAGGAGCUGCUGAAAGCAAAUGGAAAGGCCUGUCUCAUCCAAGACCGAGAGGGAAGGGUCCCGCUCCACUUGGCAGCCAUGAGAGGGCGAAUCCCAGUGGUCCGGGAGCUCUUGAAGUCAACGCUUGCGCUUGAGUCUGUGAAGAAGAAGGUCGAUGAUGGAGAUAGCAUUCUCCACCUGUGUGUGAAGUACCACCAUUUGGAGGUCCUCAAACUCCUGCUGGGCUCGACCAGUGAUGAUGGGGAUGUCCUGAAGAUGACCGAUUCCCGUGGCAACACUGUCUUUCACUUAGCAGUGAUGCUGAAGCAGAUAGAGAUGGUGAGAUUCUUGCUCGAGUUGCCGAGAGUGAGGACAGAAGUAAUUAACAUCACGAACAGGAUGGGUUUCACCGUGCUGGAUGUACUAAACCACUCCCCCAAAGACUUCAAGAGCCUGGAGAUUUGUGAAGUCCUAGCUGCUACAGGAGCCGGAGCCGGAGCUGGAGCCGAGACGGUAUUACUAUCACAACCACGGCUGACCCUCACUGCUGAGAAGAGGGCUGAGGCUGGAGCGGUACAAGUGCCUGCAGAGGCACAAGUCCUAGUCCCCAAGUCAUGGAAGGCACGGGUGUGGCACUUUGUUAAGCAGAUCAUGGAAUACAGUGGGGACUGGAUGAAUGACACAAAGGGGUCCCUGAUGAUGGUGUCCAGCAUCAUCGCAACCUGCACCUUCCAGGCAGCGAUUGCACCCCCAGGUGGUGUAUGGCAGAACGACACCACUACGGCCACGGGUGCCUGCAGCAACAGAGUGUGUGUUGCCGGGAACGCGGUGCUUGCUUACUACUACCCCGACAGGUACUACGAAUUCAUGAAGUACGACAUGGUCUCAUUCCUCGGGUCACUUGUGGUCUUGUUCCUGGUCAUAAGCGGGUUCCCGCUGAGCAACAAAUUCUGCCUGUGGCUCUUGUGUCUAGUCAUGAGUGGAACAGUCACCUGCCUUGGCUACACCUUCUUCAAAGCCAUGUGGCUGGUGGUCCCCGGUCACAUGAUAUCCAAAUAUAACGAGCUCAAGGAUGGUUUAUACUGGGUGUGGGCAGUGACGGCAGGUAUUGUCGGGCUCUUCCUUUUCGUCCGCAUGUGUUACUGGCUGGGACGCUUCGAGUACAAAGAUGCCUGGAGGCGGUUACGCAGACUCGGUCCCAGCGCGUUGAAACUCGUAGUAGAUUCUUCCACACACUGGAAAUCACAUCGAGCUGACUCCAGCGGCCGUGCUAGCAAGCCAGAACUAUUAUGUUAAGAGUGGAGUAUCUAAAGAUGAGUAUCGACAAUGGAAAUAUAUAUAACCUAUAGCUAGCCAAGCAAGAAUUUAGACGCAUAUAUAGGCAAAUAAUAUGCACUUGCCUAUACCAAAUGUAUACACAAUUGUGUCUUCUAGAUCCAUCCUAAUCUUUUUUGAGUCGAUCUAAGCAGGUCAUUCACAUCUAUGCCGAAUCUGCCGAUACAUUCGUGAGACUUUCUAUGGUCUCGCGGCAAGAUUUGAUCAACCCAAGAAUUAAGGAUAAGGAGCAAAUAUGUUUUGCUCCUUCUAUUGGUUUUCUGUUACUUUCUACAAGCGACCAAAAUGAAUACAUUGCCACUGUAAAUUUACAUUGCAAAGUUAGGGCUUCUUUAUAUACUUUACCUAUUACCGGA